GGUGAAAGCCCGGGUACUGCUCCUUUAAUGAACCCGUCUACUCCUCCUUUAAUGAGCACAGAAGAGCGUACAUCCACCACAGUCCGCCCGGAGGAAGGGGUUCAGAAGCUGCCUGCGAAAGUCGUACUGAGCACAAAUGUCCAAAACAGAAUAACCGACGAAACAUCAUGGCACAUCAAAUGUCAGGGACUCUGCCAGAGCGGACCUUUCAGUACCAGGACAGCCUUCCUCCUCUUCCCGUCCCCUCGCUGGAGGGGAGCCUGUCCAAGUACCUGGAUGCAGUGCGUCCAUUUGCCGAGCAGGAGUACGAGGCUACAGUGGAGAAUGUCAGGAGCUUCCAAGAGGGCGUUGGUCAAGUCCUGCAGCAGAAACUACUCCACAGAGCGAGCACCAGGAGGAACUGGCUGGAGGAGUGGUGGUUGAACACGGCCUACCUGGAGGUCCGGACCCCCUCUCAGCUCAACAUCAACUUUGGAGGACCGGCCCCCUACCUGGAGCACUGCUGGCCCCCCGCUGAGGGAACUCAGCUAAAGAGGACCAGUGUUGGCCUGUGGCACAUGCUGCAAUACUGGGACCUGAUCCGCACGGAGAGGAUGACUCCUCAUAAGGCUGGCCGAUCAGGGCUGGACAUGGACCAGUACCGCAUGCUGUUCUGCACCUGUAAGGUACCUGGAGUCACCAAGGAUACCAUCCUCAACUACUUUAAAACAGAGAGUGAGGGCCCCUGUCCCUCCCAUGUUGUGGUGAUGCGUCGUGGGAGAAUCUUUACCUUUGAUGCUCUUCAUGAUGGAAAGAUUCUAAGUCCUCCAGAGCUGCUGAGGCAGCUGCAGUACGUGACCGAGUGUUGUGAAGGGGCAGAUGGAGAUGGUGUCGCUGCCCUCACCUCAGAAGAGAGAACCACUUGGGCCAAGGCCAGAGAGCAUCUGAUCAGCCUUGACCCCGUCAACACCAGCAUCCUGGAGACCAUCCAAAGCAGUCUGUUUGUUGUCUCUCUGGACGAAGCUAAACCCUAUGCCACCGCAGAAGACUACACCCCGCUGACGUUGGAAACUCUAACGGGUGACCCCACCAUUCGCUGGGGAGACAAAUCGUACAACUCCAUUUCAUACGCAGAUGGCACGUUUGGAUCCAACUGUGAUCACGCACCCUACGAUGCAAUGAUUCUGGUGUCUCUGUGUUACUACAUAGACCAGAGACUUGAAGCCACAGGUGGGGAGUGGACGGGCUCUGAUGCUGUGAGAGCCAUGCCUUUCCCUGAAGAACUGGUUUUCACAGUGGAUGCCAAAGUCAGAAGUGACAUCAACCGGGCAAAACAUCACUACCGGAACACGGCACAAAACCUGCAGCUUGUUUGUUAUGCAUUCACCGCCUUUGGAAAAGAAGCCAUUAAACAGAGGAAACUCCAUCCUGAUACCUUUGUUCAGCUGGCAAUGCAGUUAGCCUACUACCGAAAGCAUGGAAGACCAGGAAGUUGUUAUGAGACCGCAAUGACUCGCAGGUUCUACCACGGCCGGACGGAGACCAUGAGACCCUGCACCCAGGAGGCCGUCCUCUGGUGUCAGGCCAUGACCGACCCCACGUGCACUGAGGAUGUGAAGAGGAGAGCUCUGCUGAAGGCGGUCAACAAGCACAACAAACUCAUGGCUCUGGCCCAGAACGGAGAAGGGUUUGACAGGCAUCUGCUGGGCCUGUAUCUGGUCUCUAAGGAGGAGGGACUUCCUACUCCACAUCUCUUCAUGGAUCCACUUUAUGCCAAGAGUGGUGGUGGCGGUAACUUCACGCUGUCGUCCAGUCUGGUCGGGUACACUACGGUCCUGGGUGCUGUAGCUCCGAUGGUGCAGCAUGGCUAUGGAUUCUUUUAUCGAAUCAGAGACGACCGGAUUGUGAUGUCCAUCACUGCUUGGAAGUCUGACCCAGAGACAGACGCAGAGUCACUCUUCAAGACCCUGUGUUCCUCUCUGCAUGAUAUUCUCCACUUAGCCACAACAUCUCAGCUCUAACUACCCAUAACUGAAGUAGUCCACACACUAUGAGCGUCUAGGAAAAGAAAUGGAAACCCAGGUUCGGCAUUGAAAAUAAAGGUGAGAUGACUGUCAUGAAUGCUCCAUGUUAAGAGGCCGCUGCUUCCGUUGGUUCAGUCUCACAGGAAAGCGACCGGCUUGACAUAACUUGUCGACUGCCUUUAGGUCAACCCUUCUAAGUGAUACGACAUGUAGGUUUAGGUUUAAAAAUGAAGAAAGUUGCUUAGAUGCAGCUGGUUUUAAAACAUCAAACAGAGCUGUAAUCUGAUUCCUCAUGGUGAGGUCAAUGUGAACUGGGCUAAAGUUGAAACAGUUUGAACUUUGAGUGCAGCGUGACUGUAGGGAGUCUGAGCUGCCCUCUACGCCCGGGGCAGAGCAGCCCUAGGACAGGCUUCACACGCCACUCCAAAGGAAUACACUGGCAACACAGAGGCUCAAAGCUCAUCAAGGUGUGACCGUUUCACACAGAUAGAAAACCUGCUCAUUAUAUUAUACAUAUGAUAUUUUUUCAUAUGAUAUUUUUGUCUUCCUAAUGAUAACAUAAUGAACACUUAAGCACUUGCUCUUUUCCCCAUUCAGCUUCCUGCCGACCUCUUAUGGUGGCCUGUUUAAUUCAGGCACAUAUCCAAUUUUGUUAAUUUUUUUAACUUGUUUAAUCAUAAUUAUUGACAAUGAACAAUAGCUAGUCAAGUAGUUGUGGGCAUUGGGUAGUCUACAUCAGGGUUCAGCAACCUUUUCGACAUUCUUCGUUAAUGAGCGUGCCUUAUGCAACAAUAUAUUAAAAAUUACGCUGAAUUAUGACACAGCAACCAAAAACAUUUCCAGAAGACCUGGAAUUGUACUAUUUCCAUAUAGUCCAUCCACAAUCAUGCAUCAACAUUUUAAAUGUUUUUGUGGUUGUUAUAUUUGCAACAUGGGCUUGCAAAUUAUAAUUACAUAUGUCCCAUCUUAAAACACCAUUUUCAGAAACUCAUUCAAAAACACAUUGAACUGUGAGAAAUGUAAAAAACGAGAAUAUAUGAGAAUGUUGGAACCAUCCACAUCAAUAUCUUUAAGACAUGUACAGCUUUGCAUGACCAUGUGAAGGCGAUGCAUACAGGCCACUUGCAACAAUGUUUUAAAUUUUUUCUUCUCUAUUACCCACAACAUUAAAAACUAUUAAUUGAUCCCAUUUCAGAGCACUGCUUUCUGUUACUAAUUUAAGCAUAUUUGCACUGGUAGGAAAUGCCAAAAACAGAAUAAAGUGCAUUUAAGAAAAAAUAAAAAAGGGCUUUUUAUUUAUUUUUGAAGUGUGUCAAUGAUUAUGCUGCCCCGUGCCAGCGUUGGCACGCGUGCCUAGGGUUGCCGACCCCUGGUCUACAUUAAUGGACAUUACAAUUACAUUUAUGUACCUUUUAAUUUGAGGUAUAUUCCUAACAUAGUGAAAUGCAUUUUGUGACAAAUAAUUGAUAAUUCAAUCUUGAUACUUUUGAUUACUUUCAACUGGAUAUUCUGUUCUCCGUAUUAAAAGGCUUUAGAUUUUGCCAAAAAGGUAUAGGGGUAUAUUAACUUGUCCUUGUUCAUUCAUGAUUUUUUAUUUUACUAGCCUGAUAAUUGUUAUGAACUGCUGAAAGUCUGAAGCCAGUGAAACAAAAUAUGUUUCCCUUAUAUUUUGUUCUCCGUCCAAUGAGGUUCAAUGAGUAAACUUUAUUAAAGAACAAACUUACAGUAUAUUGCUGAUGAGAUGUGUGUUCACUAUAAUGUCCAUGAGUGACCAUUCAUACUCUAGUCAUUUUAGACUAACCCUGAAUGUUUUAAAAAGCAAAGCAAAAAUGAUCCUAUAUGUUGAAUGAAUUUCAGGCUUUGGUUGACUUUGUUUGAAUACCUACCCAAUGAAGUGAUUAUUGAAUGUGAAAUAGGAAUUCUGUAUUGAACAUUGAAAUAUGAGUCACUAAUCUGCAAUGUUUUUAUUUUAUGUGAAAUAGUUAAACUGUUUAGAGAACUAAAAUUACUAAUGUAAACCUGAUCCUUCUUUAAAUAAACUAACGUGCUGCUUAAA